CGCCAAAACAAGCAAAGCCCGAGUCCAUUUGAUAGCUCCUCGUAAUCAGUGUGUUGGUCCUGCCCUUCCCGAUCCCUCUCUCGCGAGAUUUGGACACCGGAAGUGAAUUAUGUUUCUGGAGUCUCAAUUGCAGGAGGCGGCAUCUCAGUUAGGGUUGGCGGGAGUUGAGCGAUCAGGCUGGUCCUAGCUGUCCGACCUGGGCCGGCUCUGGUCUGGGGGGUUGCGGGCGGCUCACCACGCCUCGGGCCGGCAGCAUGCGGGUGGCUGUGGCCGGCUGCUGCCACGGCGAGCUGGACAAGAUCUAUGAGACGCUGGCGCUGGCGGAGCGGCGCGGCCCGGGGCCGAUAGACCUUCUGCUCUGCUGCGGAGACUUCCAGGCUGUGCGCAACGAGGCCGACCUGCGCUGCAUGGCCGUGCCGCCCAAGUACCGCCACAUGCAGACUUUCUACAGGUAUUACUCUGGAGAGAAAAAGGCCCCAGUUCUCACAAUUUUCAUCGGGGGAAACCAUGAAGCCUCAAAUCAUUUGCAGGAGUUACCCUAUGGUGGCUGGGUAGCACCAAACAUUUAUUAUUUAGGCUUGGCAGGUGUAGUGAAAUACCGAGGUGUAAGGAUUGGUGGAAUCUCUGGUAUCUUUAAAUCUCAUGACUAUCGAAAAGGUCAUUUUGAGUGCCCCCCCUAUAAUGCGGCUACAAUAAGGAGUAUAUAUCAUGUGAGAAAUAUUGAAGUCUACAAAUUAAAACAGCUGAAGCAGCCUAUGGACAUAUUCUUAUCUCAUGAUUGGCCAAGAAGUAUAUAUCAUUAUGGAAAUAAGAAGCAACUUCUUAAAACUAAAUCUUUUUUCCGACAAGAAGUGGAAAAUAACACAUUAGGAAGUCCUGCUGCCUCAGAGCUUUUAGAGCACUUAAAACCUUCUUACUGGUUUUCCGCACACCUUCAUGUGAAGUUUGCAGCCUUGAUGCAGCAUCAGGCCAAGGAUAAAGGACAGUCAGCCAAAGCAACCAAAUUUCUAGCCUUGGAUAAAUGCUUACCACACAGAGACUUUCUUCAGGUAAUAGACAUAGAACAUGACCCCAGUGCUCCUGAUUACUUGGAGUAUGAUACUGAAUGGCUCGCUAUUCUCAGGGCUACUAAUGAUCUUAUUAAUGUGAGUGAGCGCCUGUGGAAUAUGCCUGAAAAUAAUGGCCUGCAUACAAGGUGGGAUUACAGUGCAACAAAAGAAGCUAUGAACGAAGUAUUAGAAAAAUUGAACCAUGACCUCAAAGUGCCAUGUAACUUUAGUGUAACGGCUGCCUGUUAUGACCCUAGCAAGCCACAGACACAAAUGCAGUUGGUUCACAGGAUCAGUCCUCAGACUACUGAAUUUUGUGCCCAACUUGGCAUCACUGACAUUAACGUCAGGCUUCAGAAGGCUAAGGAAGAACAGCACUUAUGUGGUGACUAUGGGCAGGAUGACGUUGAGAGUAAUGACUCUGGAGAAGACCCUAGUGAAUAUAACACAGACACAUCUGCCCUGUCCUCUAUUAAUCCAGACGAGAUAAUGUUGGACGAAGAAGAGGAAUGUGAUGAUAGUAUUGUAAGUGCACACGAUAGUAUUGUAAGUGCACACAGUGACGUGAACACACCAUCUGUAGAGCCGUCUUCCGAUCAAGCUUCUGACUUUUCUGCAAGCUUCUCUGACAUCAGGAUCUUGCCAAGUUCCAUGACUGUAUCUUCUGACGAUACAUCGGGUUCCCCAUUUGGCAAGCAGGGGAAUCCUGGUGAUCCUGUGGAGUUGGGGGAUGGAAGGGACUUAACCAAGGUGCCGUUGAAGAGGCUGAGUGAUGAACAUGAACCUGAACAAAGGAAGAAAAUCAAGAGGAGGAAUCAAGCCAUCUAUGCUGCAGUGGAUGAUGAUGAUACAGCCUAAGACAAUUUACUUGUCUUAGUAUUAUAUGUAGAUAUGUGAUUUUUUUAGACUAUAUUUUUAGAGUUGGAUCUUUGAUUCAAGACUUAACUUUGUAAUAAUGAAGUCAUUGGUACAUAAGAAAAUUUUAGUUAGGUAUCGACUUUAGACUUUGUAUGUUUCAGAUAAAGAGAAUUAAAAUUUCAUAUAUUUACUUGA